AUGAAUAAGGCGCUUCCGUCUUCUACUGUAAACGCCAAACAUUAUAUGCUUACCAGUUCCAUGUGCCUGGAUCUGUUUGAAAAACUUACCAAUACUGGCCCCGGGGGAAAGGAAUUUUGGUUGGGGCACAUCAAGGGCUCAUUUGCUCUUGUUCAGGCCUUGGGGUUGGAAAAUCUCAAAGACCCUAUGUCUUUACGUCUGCUGGUACGACUGGUGACCAAUUGUACUAUUUCGUCUGUGGCGAGUGCCACUGCUAUCCCGAGUGCGCUGCUCGAAGUACGCUCACACCUUGAGAGACAUGCGGAUAUAGGGACUGAUCCAAAAUGGAAACUGACUGCCUUGAUGGGAGAGUAUGCUUUUCUCCGAAGCAGAAUUGCAAAUUCUUCGGUAUCAUUGGAUGAGUGCAUUAUCAUGGCCUGGGGGCUUGAUCUGAAGCUGAUGGAAUGGUCUCAGAGCAUGACUAAGGAAUGGCUACCUGAGAUCCAGGGAGCGGCAGAUGUUUUCCCUCGAAGAGAGAUUUAUUCAGAUCGGCAUGUUACACAGGCGUGGAACACAAUACGGCUGGCUCGCAUUUUACUCCACGAGUUCCUAUUGCAACACGACAAAAGUGAUCAUGAACACAAAAUUAUCGCGGAAGAUGGUCUACAUGGCCUGAGUGUCGAUAUUAUUGCAGCAAUGGCUGAUGACAUAUGCGCCACAAUUCUCCAAUACACAGAUGCAUUAUCUCAAACCGGUGACUCCCGUUUGGCUGCAUUGUCUCAACAGAGUACAGAUUCCGGAAAGAAUAUGGAUUCAUCCCACACGUUGAAUUGUUACUCUUUGCUCUUUCCACUAUAUGUGGUCGGGAGAUCCAAAUGGAAAAGUUCAUAUCGAAAGGCCUGGGCUAUGGAGCAGCUGGAACGCAUCGGUAAAAGCCAGUGUAUCCCCAAAGCAUUGGAGUUGACACACUUGAUUGAAGAAUCAUCUGAAGUAGAGCCAUGGCCUGUAUAUGCCAUGCUUGGGGGCUAUGGAUUUGCUGCGUGA